GGAGAACACCGCUCCUCAGACACGCGAAGAAAUGUUGGCCGCUCUGAAGAAACAGAUUGAAUAUUACUUCUCUAAAGAAAAUCUAUCGAAAGACUCUUAUCUCCUUUCCCUCAUGGAUGAUUCCGGCUAUGUUCCUUUAAAGACAAUUUCGCGUUUUCACAAGGUCCUUUCUCUUAGCAGCAAUAUUGACGAUAUUAUGGAAGCCCUAAAGAGCUCUGAGAACGUCGUGGUGGACGAAGUUAGCAAACAAAUCAAGCCUGCGAUUACUUUUGAACGUAAAACAGUCAUUCUGCGUGACGUCCCGGCCGAGGUUACCGAGGAAGAGGUCCGCGCCUUGUUCGACGGAAUGGGCGUUGUCGAAAGUGCCACUAAAGAGUUUGAAGGCACGUGGUUCGUCGUGAUGGAGUCGGAGGCGGCCGCCGUCGCGGCGCUGGAGCUGCUUCGCCAGCGUUCUCUCCACGACCAGCCCGUGAAAGCUCGUCUGAAGAACGAGUCGUACCUGAAGAACCUCGUGAAGAUGCUGACGACCUCCGAGGACGGCAUUCCCGCCGAAUAUCUCCCGGUGGGCCAGUCGUACUUCAUGAACUUCGGCGGCCAGCCCCUUCUGGACUUCCAGCAGAGCCAAAUGUUCGGCCAGAACUUCGCGGUCCAGGCGCCGGCGACCGGCGUGCCCGCCGAGAAGCGCGGCCGGAAGGGCCGGAAGGAGUUCAAGCAUCGCGAGCAUCGUCCGCGAGCCGUUUCGAAGCCGAAAGUGGUGCCUGCGCUGCAGAGCGCGGAGAUUUUCCCGCCGCUGGUGCCGACGACCGCUCCGGUGGUGGGGUCGAUCGACGUGAAGUACUCGUACAAGGAGAUCUGCGACAUCGUGAAGGGCGUGAAGGAUCUGUCGUGCCCGCCGAUCGCGUCGGCAGGCGUGGAGUCGGCGCUGGUGGAGACGGCCAACCAGGAGCUGGUGCAGAAGGGACGAACGUUCAGUAUCGACCAGGCGCUGCAGCGAGGAUGUCCGCGAACGAUGUCGGUGGACAGCAUCGACUACACGUCCAUGCUGCAGGGAGAGAUGGACGAGGCGGUCGCGGAGUCGGCUCGCAAGGCGCGGCGCGAGAAGAAGCGCGCGAUGAAGAUGGGCGAGCGAGGCGAGGCGCAUGCUCGCAGCUACCGCAACAUUCUUAAGAAUUCCCCGCCCGUGGGUGAGGCGGUCGCUCCUUCGACGAAGCCUGCCGCUGUGCAGACGGUGAGUGGAGCCAAUGCGGCUAAUGCGGCUAAUGCGGCUAAUGCGACUAAUGCUGCCAGCACUACCACUGGUACCAAUGCUACCACUGGUGCCAAUGCUACCACUGGUGCCAAUGCUGUGAGUCCUGCAAGUGGCACGAACGGAGCGGAGGGAAAGAAGGAAGGGAAGCAGCAUACAAAGAAGUCGCAGAAAAAGGCGGCAGAAAAGAAGGCAGCGGAGAAGAAAGCAGCGGAGAAGGUGAAGAAUGAGGAGGACGGAUGGAAGACGAUUACGGAGAAGAAGCAUUAGAGACACUCAUUGUUUAUUCUUUUAAUGUGUGGAAGAGUU